AUGUCUCAGCAGGACCAAUUCAUUGCUGAUGACGUUACAGCGAACAGGUCGAACGUGACCAGACAAAUGCUGGUUAAGGAAUAUAAGAAAAUAGGACAUGGUGCAUUUGGCACAGUGGUACAGGCAUAUUUAACACCGGAUAAUGAGAAAUGGUAUGGACCAUUUGCUAUUAAAAAAGUUCCCGCCCAAACGGAAUAUAAAUCUCGCGAACUAGCGAUCCUAAGGAUCGCUGAUCAUCCUAAUGUGGUUAAGUUAGAAUACUUCUUUACGCAUUUUUCACCAGCAGAUGGGAAACUUUACCAGCAUUUAGCAAUGGAGUGCUUACCUGAAACUUUACAACACGAGAUUUUACGUUACACGCAGGACAAGUUGGAUCUUCCAUUGAAACAUGUCAAAUUAUAUACAUAUCAGAUUGCGAGAGGUAUGCUCUACCUACAUGCAUUGGGUAUAUGUCAUAGAGAUAUAAAGCCAUCGAACAUCUUAGUGGAUCCUAAAACAGCGAUUCUAAAAAUUUGUGAUUUUGGCUCCGCAAAGAAGCUUGAGCAAAACCAACCUUCCAUAAGCUACAUAUGUUCCCGCUUUUACAGAGCCCCAGAGUUGAUUGUUGGUUGCACACAGUACACUACACAGAUAGAUAUUUGGGGACUUGGGUGUGUUAUUGGCGAAAUGCUAAUAGGCAAGGCUGUUUUCCAGGGACAAGAACCACUACUUCAGUUGCAUGAAAUUGCGAAGUUGUUGGGCCCGCCAGAUAAAAAGUUCAUAUUUUUCUCAAAUCCGUCAUACGGAGGUCCAUUGUUUUCAAAGCCACUCUUCAGCGGUACUCCUAAUCAGCGAUUUGAAAAAUAUUUUGGCCAUGCUGGGCCUGAUGGGAUUGACUUGUUAAUGAAGGUGUUAUGUUAUAGUCCAGAACGGCGAUUAUCACCAAGGCGGAUUAUGUCUCAUCCGUUCUUGGACGAUCUAAGAAGGGAGCGAUACUUUUUCCCCGGCGGAAGCUCCCAGCCAAAGCAGGUACCUGAUCUUUUUGAUUUUUCUGAGUUUGAAUUAGAAAUUAUUGGUGAAUUGUUGCCACAAAUAAUGGGUAAAGAUUGA